AUGUCCAACAACGAAAACCCGAAAGCGUACCCGCUCGCGGACGCGCAAUUAACCAUCAGCAUCCUCGACAUCGUCCAACAGGCGAACAACUACAAGCAACUGAAAAAAGGCGCCAACGAAGCGACGAAGACCUUGAACAGAGGCAUUUGCGAGUUUAUCGUUCUGGCGGCGGAUACGGAACCGCUGGAGAUUUUGUUACACUUACCUUUAUUGGCGGAGGAUAAGAACGUGCCGUACGUUUUCGUGCCGAGUAAACAGGCGCUCGGGAGAGCGUGCGGGGUUUCCAGACCGGUGAUUUCCGCCUCGGUCACGACGAACGAAGGGAGUCAGUUGAAAACCAGCAUCGAGAGUUUGAAGCAAAACAUCGAGAAGCUGCUGAUUUAG